UAUGUCAUUGUAAAUGAUAUUACUUUCGAUGUAUGUUUAUUCAUUGAUUGUUAUCUUAAUCUUGCAAAAUUCCCAAGUGGAAAAUCAUGAAUGUUUUUCACACACAUUUAAAUACCAAAAUCUUUCUGUUAUUUCUCACAAUUUGCGAGAAACUGCUUUCGUAUACGCCAUAACUGCAGCCGGUGUAACUUAUUCUGUAACCCAAGCGUGCAGUGAAGGAGCACUUCUUCAAUGUACAUGUGACCGAAAUAAUAUUAGAGAUAAAUCAACAGACGGUAAAUGGGCGUGGGGAGGAUGUGGGGAUGAUGUAAAUUUUGGGUACCUAAAGUCGAAGGAAUUUAUGGACGCGAAGAAAAAGAAGCGGUGUGAUAUAACUACAAAAAUUCGUAUGCACAAUAACGAAGCUGGUAGACUAGCUGUGAAGAACCAUAUGAGGAGAGUCUGCAAGUGUCACGGACUGUCUGGAUCUUGCACAUUACAAACGUGUUGGCAGAAGAUGCCAUUGUUCAGGCAUGUUGGAAAUCGAUUAAAAGAAAAAUUUAAAGGCGCUUCCAAAGUGAUAAUUUCAAAUGAUGGACAGCACGUAAUCCCCGAAGGAGACACCAUAAAGAAACCAAGUGCUACAGAUCUUAUUUAUUCUGAAAAUUCGCCUGAUUUUUGUAGACCGAGUCGAAAGGCUGGUUCUUUGGGAACCAAAGGUCGCACAUGUGACUUGUACUCCAAAGAUGUCGGAGGUUGUGACCUUUUGUGUUGUAAGCGCGGUUACAAAAGAGGUUACCAAGUAGUAACUGAAAACUGUAAAUGUAGAUUUAUUUGGUGCUGUGAUGUUGUGUGCCAGAGAUGUGUUAAUAAUAAGACAAUUUACACUUGUUUAUGACAUCGUUCACUGAGCCUAUCAGUGAAACAGGAGUCAAAACUACGGAGGAGUAACGUCACAUGACUCAUUGAUGCGCUAUUAAGAAGAUAUAUUAAAAGAUUUAGAACAUUUAAUCGAAUCAAUUGAAAAAUAGAGUUAUUUUUCUAACAUUUAUUUCAGAAAAUAUCCUAAAUUGAAGCAUAAACUGAAUUGCAUUCGGCAUCUAUUUUCAAUCGAAAAUUAAUAGGAAGCUAAAGAUGAGGUUGUUAUAGUUAUUCUUGUCACUUAUUUAAAAUGAGUAAUUGAACAUAUCAAACACAAUACAUAUUAAUUUCAUUGCUUGUAUAAAGGAAAAAAACCCGAUUGACUAUAAAAAUACCAACAAAAGAAAACUGAAAACGUUUUUUAGAUGUAGACAGACAGAAGACUGGCUGUGAUGAUGGUUUCUCUCGAAAUCACAAAGAUAAUGCGAAAGUGUCAUCGAAACUUACUGUUUCGUCUUAUCUCGUAUACACACACACACACAUACACACAUGCGCGCAUACACACACGCGCACAUACACACAGACGCACACACACACACAUAUAUAAAACAUUUGUAUAUUAUAAUUUGGGGACUAAAUGUAAAGACACUUAAAGACGUAAUUGUAAAUGAUGAGGAGGUUUAUAUCGACAAAACAUUUAUACCAAGAUGAGACAGACACUUAUAUAUAUAAAAAAAAAUCAAUUGAAACUAUAAUAUGCAAAAUCUCCAAGUAUUUUAAUGCUGUCAUAGUCUUUAAAAUUGUAAAUUCAAAUUGUUCUUUUUUUUAUAUACGUUCUU